AUGAAUUCCGGCCAAGUCGUAACCACUCCGUGUUCGGUCAUCGAGGGGGAUCACCCGCUACAUCUACGGUGGCUUUUUGACGACGAACCUAUAAAACCAAGGUCCGGAGUCACCGUUUUUAAUAUCGGAGAAAGAAGCGCUAUCCUUAGUAUUGGUUCCGUGUCAGACAAGCACGCCGGAAACUACACUUGCGUAGCAGAGAAUGAAGCGGGAACACAUUCGCACACUUCAACUUUAAUCAUUAAUGUUCCUCCACGUUGGAUUCUUGAACCCACUGAUAAAGCUUUUGCCCAAGGCUCUGAUGCUAAAGUAGAAUGUAAAGCCGAUGGCUUCCCUAAGCCCCAAGUGACGUGGAAGAGGGCUGAAGGUGACACGCCUGGCGAUUACAAAGAUCUUAAACCCAAUAAUCCUAAUGUGAAAGUUGAAGAUGGAACAUUAACUAUUAAUAAUAUCCAAAAGACUAACGAAGGAUACUAUCUCUGCGAAGCUGUUAAUGGAAUUGGAUCUGGUUUAUCUGCCGUGAUUCUCAUCAGUGUACAGGCACCACCGCAAUUCGAAAUUAAAAUGAGAAAUCAGACCGCACGCCGAAGUGAGCCAGCCGUACUGCAGUGCCAAGCUAAGGGCGAAAAGCCUAUUGGAAUUAUCUGGAACAUGAACAAUAAGCGCCUUGAACCGAAAUCGGACCCCCGUUAUACAAUCCGUGAAGAGAUUUUGCCCGGAGGUGUAGUUUCUGACCUAAGCAUCAGACGGACUGAACGUUCUGAUAGCGCCCUGUUUACUUGUGUUGCGACCAAUGCUUUCGGAUCUGACGACACUAGCAUCAAUAUGAUUAUCCAAGAGGUACCUGAAGCACCAUAUGGCCUUAAAGUUCUUGACAAAUCUGGCAGGACUGUUCAACUGUCCUGGGCUGCGCCAUAUGACGGAAACUCGCCAAUCAAAAAGUUCCUUAUUGAAUAUAAACGAGCUAAGGGCAACUGGGAAAAGGAUAUCGACAGAGUGCUUGUACCUGGCGAUGCCACCGAAGCCGGUGUAUUUAGCCUCCGCCCUGCCACCGCCUACCACAUCAGGAUCGUCGCCGAGAACGAACUUGGCACCUCUGAGCCAUCUGAAACAGUCACUAUCAUUACCGCCGAAGAAGCACCCACUGGCAUGCCUCAGGAUGUCAAAGUUGACGCUGUUGACAAACACACACUAAGAGUUACAUGGAAACCACCUCAACCACAGGACUGGAAUGGCGAACUCCAAGGAUACUAUGUUGGCUACAAACUGGCUUCGAGCAACAAAUCCUUCGUAUUUGAAACUGUCGAUAUUUCUAAGGAAUCUGGAAAAGAACAUCACCUUGACAUUUUGAAUCUGAAGACGUACACACAGUACGCCAUCGUGGUGCAGGCGUUCAACAAGGUGGGGUCAGGGCCGGUGUCGGGCGAAGUGCGCGCGUACACGGCAGAGGGCGCGCCCACAGCGCCGCCGCAGGACGUGCUGUGCACCACGCUCACCGCGCAGACCAUCCGCGUCUCCUGGCUGUCCCCGCCGCUCGCCGCCGCCAACGGUCUCAUCAAGGGCUACAAGGUCAUCUACGGGCCCAGCGACACCUGGUACGAUGAAAAGUCAAAGGACACGAAGAUCACGGCUAGCAGCGAGACUAUUCUCCACGGAUUGAAGAAGUUCACCAACUACUCGAUGGAAGUACUUGCUACCACCAACGGAGGCGACGGCGUACGCUCAGCUCCUAUCCACUGCCAGACUGAACAAGACGUUCCUGAAGCUCCGCGUGCCGUAAAAGCUGUAGUGAUGGGACCUGACUCUAUUCUCGUCUCUUGGAGGCCUCCAGCGCACCCUAACGGUGUUGUCACUCACUACAAUGUCUACACGCAAGCCCAGAACACUGAACCCCAUCCUAAUAAGGUACCGGCUUCCCAAACAAGCUACUCGGCUACUGAACUGAAACCUGGCCGCUAUGACUUUUGGGUCACAGCUUCCACCAUUAUCGGCGAAGGACAACCCUCAGCUACUGCCUCUUGCAGCCCCAAUGACAAAGUUCCCGCUAAGAUUGCUUCAUUUGAUGAAUCGUUCACUGCCACUUAUAAGGAAGACGUGAAACUGCCCUGUCUCGCUGUCGGUGUCCCCGCUCCUAAUAUUGUGUGGAAGGUGAAGGGGCAGCUGCUGGAGGCGGGCGAGCGCGUGCGGCAGCUGCCCGAGGGCUCGCUGCAGAUCGCGGGCGUGGCGCGCGAGGACGCGGGCGAGUACUCGUGCCACGUCGACAACCCCUUCGGCACCGACUCCGUCACGCACACGCUCUCCGUGCUUGCCCCUCCAUUCCCACCUCAGCUAAGCAUCGCAUCGUCAUCCGUGUCGUCGCUAACGCUGCGCUUGAAGCCUUCCGUAGAUGUUGACCAAUCACCGGCCGCCGGAUAUACCAUUCACUACAAGCAAGAGUUCGGCGAUUGGGAAACUGUGCAGAUUCCAAGCAACACUGACACAUACACUUUGGAGAACUUAUUCUGCGGAUCUAGAUACCAGCUCUACGUAACGGCUUACAACGGCAUCGGCACGGGCGAGGCGUCGGACGUGGUGAUCGCGCGCACGCGCGGUUCGAAGCCGCCGGUGCCGCGCGCCGCCGACUUCAUCGAGGUGGGCAGCUCCUCCGUCACGCUGCACCUCAAGCAGUGGCUCGACGGCGGCUGCCCCAUGAGCCACUUCGUCGUCGAGAACAAGAAGAAGGGCGCCGCUGAAUGGAAUCAAAUCUCAAAUGCUGUGAAGCCUGGUGGAAAUUUCGUUGUUCUUGACCUGGAACCUGCCACUUGGUACGUUUUGAGAAUAACCGCACACAACAACGCUGGAUUUAAUGUCGCCGAAUAUGAAUUUGCUACUCUCACUAUGACUGGAGGCACCAUCGCUCCUCUGCCCGGCAACGCCGACGGCGACAAGGAACUCCCGCCCUGGGUCAGAGCCUGGCUUGAACCUGAAGUCUUGGUACCAAUAUUGGCGACCAUCGUCGUCUUCAUCGUCGGUCUCGUGGUGAUCUGUCUGACCCUCGCCAGAAGGAACACGCCUCAUCGCCUGCGAGGUCAGAAGGACGUGUACUACGACGGCGUGUACAACGCGUCCCAGGCGGCGCUGGGCGGCGGCGCGGGCUCGCUGGACAAGCGCGGCGGCCUACGCGACGAGCUGGGCUACAUCGCGCCGCCCAACCGCAAGCUACCGCCCGUGCCCGGCUCCAACUACAACACCUGCGACCGACUCAAGCGCCAGGCCGUCAUCAUGGGCGCGGGCGCGACGUGGGACCCGCGGCGCCACCAGUACGAGCGCGUGCGCAGGCCGCCGCCGCGCCGCGCCGGCUCCGGCGACACCUUCUGCACAGGCAUGGAAGAUGAGAUCUGCCCCUACGCGACGUUUCAUCUGCUAGGCUUCCGUGAAGAGAUGGACCCCAGCAAGGCCUUAGCAUUCCCACACCACCACCCCGCGCACGCUGGAACAUUGGCUCACCCUCACCCUCAUCACCCCGCUCACUCGCGCGCUGGAUCACAGAGCAUGCCCCGUGCUAACAGUCGCUACGCCCGUAAAAAUUCCCAGGGAGGACAGAGCGCCAUCUACUCUACCGCGCCCGAAUAUGACGACCCCGCUACCUGCGCCGAAGAAGACCAAUACCGCGCCCGCUACUCGCGGCCGAUGUACGCGUGCGGCCCGGAGUACGACGAGCCGGCGUGCUGCGCGCCCGAGGACGACCAGUAUACCGGCGCCUACGGCACCCCCUACUCCGACCACUACGGAUCGCGGCCCAGCAUUGGAACUCGCAAAUGCGGCGGAUCCCCCGAGCCUCCCCCACCCCCACCACGCAACGCCAACAACGAUAACAACUGCUCUUCAUCUUUCAACGAAAGCAAGGACUCGAACGAGAUUUCAGAAGCUGAGUGCGACCAACCACGUAACUUCCCUGUCAGGGCCCACACUACCAAGGACGGCUUGCACAGCGAGGAAAUGAGAAAACUCAUUGACAGACCAGAAGCAAACACCCCAAUCCCCCAGCAAGCAGUCCACGGGCGGGGACUCACAGCCUACGAUACUGUGGCAGUGUAA